AUGGAAAAUAGUAUUUCAGGUAAAUUACCAAUGUCUGGAACUGUCGUCUAUGAUUCCGGUAAUACUACAUCAAACGGAAAGAAACGAAUUAUAAUACCAGGCGGUGGAGUAAGUGUAGCUGACCGUGCACGUUUAUUUGGUACUCAAGUAACAACUUCAUCACCAUAUAAAAAUUCUCAAUUAUCAAAUCAACAAAUACGACAACAACAACAACAACCAUCAUAUAAUAAUCAGUCAACAAAAUCAAAUGUUAUUCAUGAUGAUCGAAGCUAUCAACAAAUAAAAACAAAUGUUGAUCGACGUCCAAAACAAGAUACAUCUUAUUCGACUACACAAAGAAUAUUGAAUAAUCGUCAACAACCUGUUCAAAUUAAUACUAGAAAAAAAUAUGAACAACCAUCAUCAAAUGAUUCACAUCAUUAUUCAGCAGCUACACGAUCACGCACUCAUAAUCAACAUUCAUCACCAAAUCGUCAACCAUUGAUUACUCAUAAUAGAUAUCAAUAUGACUCUCCACCAAAACAACGAUAUAAUAAUAUAAGUCCUACUCAAAUAAUACUAUCCGGUGAAUCAUAUACAAUUGAUGAUAAGGUUAAUAAUGAUUCUUAUCUUAAUUCAUAUGAUAAACAAAAUACAUCAUCACAUUAUCAACAACAAUCAUAUAAUAUUUCUAAUCCAUCAACAAAUUAUUUUCAACCAAUAAAAGAUCCUUUAGAAGAUUUAUUUAAAAAUUCAUCACAAAAAUAUUAUCAACAACAAAUACCCAUGAAAGAUUAUACUAAUACGAAUAGUAUACAAGCAUUUGAUCUAGGAAAUUUAAUUCAUCGUAUUCAACAAGAUUAUAUGGAUAAUGCACGACCAUAUGUAUCAAGUAUAGAAUAUAUUGAAAAUAGUCAAAAUUUAGCUAAUAUUGGUCUUAUAACACCAGUUACUUCUCGACAAGAUUAUACAAGACAAACUAAUGAUUUAUAUCGUCAAAAAAUAUCAUCAAAUCAUUAUGAUAUUAUUGGUCGGAAUAAUUUUCAUUCAUCUACAAAAAAACCUUCGAAACAUCCAUUUAAUGAUAAUCCAUAUUUAUCUAUGCAAAGAAGACGAAGAUACCAAAAACGAUAUCAUGAUCGAGCAGUAUCUCCUAUUCAUACUGUAGAAACUUCGGACAAAAUUAAUAAACAACAUAAACCAGAGCGUUCAUCUGUUGCUAUUGUUCCAAAAGCACCUACACCAACGGCGAUAAUUUCAAAUGAAAAGAAAGAAGAACCAACAACAACAAAUAAAAAAUUAGAAACUUCACCUGAAUCAUCAUCAUUAGAAUCUGAAGAUGAAUCGGAAAUAAAUACAUCAAAACAACCUUCUGUGCAAUCUAUAAAUGCUAUGACAACUGGAACUCCAGCAACACAACGUAAUGACAUAACUCGACCAACAUUACCAAAUAAAACUCCAUCAAAUAUUACAGCUCGAACUCAAGCAAAACAAGAUGAAAGUGAAGAAAGUGAAACAGAGGAAACUGAAUCAGAUUCUGAUAGUGAUAGUGAUAGUGAUGAUGAUGAUGAUGGACAACCACAACCUCCAUCAAAUAUUCGAUCAAAUAAUCUUCGAACAACACCCUCUACACCACAAAGAAAUGCUCAAACAAAUAAUCUUCGAGUACCACCCGCUACACCACAAAGAAAUGCUCAACAAAAUAAUUCUCGAACAAUAUCUACAACACCACAAACAAAUGCUCGAUUACUUCAACAACGACCAAUUUCUGAUACUAAUAAUACAAAUGGACCUCCUAUUACGCCUAAAUUAGGUUCGCGUGAAGUUUUUAACAUAGAAGAUCCUGGAAAAUCAUCGUUUGGUAGCAAAUUAAAAAAAAUAUUUCGUCGAAAAAAAUCCUAA